AAGAAGACGAUACAAGUAGAUCUGAUCGAGGGUGGAGACCCCAGAGGAAGCGAAGCCUUGUGACGUCUUCGGCGCGCGACCCGCUCUCCUCCCGGUCCCGAUUGAGAUCGCCCUACUCUAAAGCAAUCCCCGGCACGCUAAGUAGAGUAUCGAUAAAAAUAAUCUCCCCGCGGUUGAAGAGCGAAGAGCACGACACAAAGUGGCACUUUUACCAACCUUGCGAAUUGAAUCGGCGCACCGAUUCCACCACAGCGUGUCUGAGAGCUUGAGCUUCUUUCACCACCAGCUCUUCAGAACAAUCGAAUAUGGCGUCCUAUUCAUCUGCAGGCGAAGCGUAUGCUUUGGAGACCGCUGCUAGAGAAAGAGCCUCCGGUUCACCGUCUCAAACGUCUUGGGCGGACAAAUAUCGCGGGGCCACAGUUGAAGAUCUCGAUCCUCCCCCAGCCCUCUCCGUCUCUCCCGACGACCUCAUCUCCUCCGCUCUUAUCGCCGCCUACGAGCGCGACUACACACAUCUCACCGUCAUUUCCUCGACAAGCCGUUCAUUAAUCGGCUACCUCAGCAUCCCGCGACUUAAGGAACUACUUAAGGAAGGCACUGUGAAGGAAUCCGAUCCCGUCUCGGCUGCUAUGCAACGAUUCAAUCGCAAGCGGGAAAAUGUCUACACGGUGAUUACCAUGGAGACACCCCUGGAGGAACUGGAGCGCUUCUUCGAAGGUGAAACUGCGGCGGGGCAGAAACGUGAGAAGCAGGAGUUUGCUGUGGUGACGGAUGCUAGCCGGAAGUUCGUCCUUGGUGUCGCAACGAAGGGAGAUCUGGAGGAAUUCGUGAAGAGGAGACCCGCAUAAUGCUUGUGCCUGACGGAAUCUCUUGCAUCUUUUUCCUUGCGUGACUGUUGUCGGAAGUAUCAUGGGAAUUAGCGACUCGGCGACAAAUUUCCCAUCUGUUCACUUCCUUAGAUACCAGACUCCAUUCGCUUCGUAUGACCGUUGCAGAUCCCGGAGUUUGGAUUUUUUUUUGGAAUAUCAUCAGAAGGCUCAACCCUUUCAGCAGCUCUCCUCUCCUGCAUUUUUCAGUGACUAAUUGUCUUUCGGAACUUGACCAAAAUGAACCAGGUCGCCCAGUCAGG